CCACAUCACUGUCUGGGGGACCCUGCUUCCUCAUCACUCAAUGCAGUGCUGCCUGCCUGGGCCCAGGGGUGGGGGUGGGUGGCCAAACGCGCACGCCUGACUGAGGCCUCAUGUAGAAACUACAACCAGCUGACAUGUGUAAGACAUUAAGCCCCUGGGUCCCGCUCUCGUGGAGUGGUGCAUUGCGGAGGCCCCCGGGGGAAUUUGUUUUUAAAGAGGUGGCUUUUUAUGUGAGAGGGAAGCUGGGUGGAGAGCUCGAGGGAGGGAGGGACGAACUUAAGUAAAACAGAAACAACCCCCAGCCCUCAUGAGCUGGAAGCGGCAAGCAAGCAGCGGAGACAGACGCGCCGUCCUGUCCACGACCAGCUCCUUCUAGCCUUGGCUGGACCCCACACACAGGCCGGCCAGGCGAGGCCAGACGUGCCAGAGCAGUGCUCGAAGCAGGCCCCUGGGCGCUGUGUCAUGGGGACCAGCUGGUGGCUCUGGGCCCUGGUGGCCGUCUGCACUGGAGACCAGUUCCGGGAUGAGGCUGAGAGAAUCAUGCGGGGCACACCUGUCAUUGACGGGCACAAUGACCUGCCCUGGAGGCUGCUGACCAUGUUCAACAACCAGCUUCAGAGCGAGAGGGCCAACCUAACGAGCCUUGCCAACACACACACCAACAUCCCCAAGCUGAGGGCUGGUUUUGUUGGGGGCCAGUUCUGGUCUGCGUACACGCCCUGCGACACCCAGAACAAGGAUGCCGUGAAGAGGACCCUAGAGCAGAUCGACGUCAUCCAGCGCAUGUGCCAGAUGUAUCCGGAGACCUUUGUGUGUGUCACCAACAGCGCAGGCAUCCGGCAGGCCUUCCGGGAGGGGAGGGUGGCCAGCCUUGUCGGCGUGGAGGGCGGCCACUCCAUAGACAGCAGCCUGGGCGUCCUGCGGACACUCCACCGCCUGGGCAUGCGGUACCUGACCCUCACCCACAGCUGCAAUACGCCGUGGGCUGACAACUGGCUGGUGGACACGGGAGAGGACAAGGCCGAGAGCCAAGGCCUGUCACGCUUUGGCGAGAGUGUGGUGAAGGAGAUGAACCGCCUGGGGGUCAUCAUCGACCUGGCCCACGUGUCCGUGGCCACCAUGAAGGCUGCCCUACGCCUGUCCACGGCUCCCGUCAUCUUCAGCCACUCCUCGGCCUACAGCCUGUGCCAGCACCGGCGCAACGUGCCCGACGACGUGCUCCGGCUGGUGAACCAGACGGGCAGCCUGGUGAUGGUUAAUUUCUACAACGACUACGUUUCCUGCAGACAGGAAGCCACCCUGUCCCAAGUAGCAGACCACCUGGACCACAUCAAGAAGGUGGCAGGAGCUGGAGCCGUGGGCUUUGGUGGGGACUUUGAUGGUGUUUCAAGGCUCCCCGUGGGGCUUGAGGAUGUGUCCAAGUACCCAGACCUGGUGGCUGAGCUACUCAGGAGGCGGUGGACAGAGGCGGAGGUCAGGGGCGCCCUGGCCAACAACCUGCUCAGGGUCUUUGAGGCAGUGGAACAGGUAAGGAGAGGCCGGUGCACCCGCCCGCCCUUCUCUGCCGGAAGGCGGGCAGGCGGCCCAAGCAGCGUCUGUCCCCAGGUGAGCGAUCACACACGACGUCCUGAAGAGGAGCCCAUCCCGGCGGACCAGCUGCAGGCUUCCUGCAGGACGAUGUACGGCUACUCAGAGGCCCCCAGCCUCCACCGGCAGCCAGGGGCCCUGCUGGCCUCCCUCACUACCGUCCUCCUCGGCCUGGGCCUUCUGUGACGCCCUGGGGCCCGGACCUCUAGGGUCCUCCUCCGGCCCCGGGGAGAUGGUGGCAUCGGGGCAGGGAGAGUCCGGCUCCCCAGGCACGAGGCCCGGCCUCUCCUGAGCAGGCACCGGGGCUCAGCUGAGGGCAGGAAGCCGUGGACAGUUCCAGACACAGACACACAGUGGACCCUUAAUAAAGGCAACACCCCUUCCGGGCUAUGAGGCUGUGUGUUCUCA